AUAAGAAUCUGCAGGAUGAUGAUAACCUCCAAAGGCUAAAAUAUUUCACGAAGGAUGAGAAAAUAUCGAUAAAUUUAGAAGAUGGAUUAUCAGAUCGAUAUUAUGGACAGGAAAAAUUGGAGCUAAAUAAAGGAAUUGAUGAAUUAAAUAAUGAAAUCAGAAUCGACCAAAACAUGAAGAAAAUUAACAAAGUUUUUGAAGAUUUCAAGAACAAUUAUCAAGAUCCUCUAGCAAAGGGUGGAAUAAUGGAUCUGACACCAAAGAGCCACUUUUCAAAAAAACUUCACGCAGAUCUUUACAAAUCAUUUCUUCUAUCGUUGGAACAUUUUGAUAAUUUAAUCCCUGAGGAAACCCAUGAUUUUCUCGUCAAAUUUUUUGGUCAGGUAAAGGAUAUGUCAUAUUUACAAUGGUCCGAUGCUGUUGAUGAUCUUAAUCCAAAAAGCUUCAAAGAGGAUGUCACGAAAAUGACAAUAAAAAUAAUCAAAAGAACAUUUGAUAAUUUUCUUCAAGCAUUUUCUCUAGGACAUAUGAAUCCUCUUCUAAAUUUGGAAACGCUAGAACAGCCAUAUUUAAACGAUUAUGUCCAUCCUUGCUUAAAAUCUGCCCUCUGGAAUUGUGCUAACGUAUUUUAUGUUUAUGGUGAGAUUCCAUCAAUUCACCAUGUGAAAGGACAAAGGGGGGACGGAGUAGGAUUAACAAUUGAUGCCAACAAAUAUGAAAUAGCUUACAUGGAAGGAAGCCGUUCCGCAAAAGUCAAAAAUAGCAAGGAAUCAGAUGAUCGGCUCAAGAUUGCUUUCAAUUUGAGAAAAAUGUUUUUUGAUAUAGUAAAUGAUAGAGUUGAAAAACGGAAAAUCAUUGUACCUGAAAUGAAAGUUUUUGGGGGUGCUAACUUCAAGCUGGACAUACAUUUAUAUCUCCUUGAUUUUGUUAGUAGGUAG